GCUCCUUUUCUCUUUUUGGUGCGUUGUUGUCUUGCCGAGUAUGUCUGGACGUGGGAAGCAGGGCGGUAAGGCCCGCGCCAAGGCCAAGACGCGCUCGUCGCGGGCGGGUCUGCAGUUCCCGGUGGGCCGCGUGCACCGCCUGCUCCGCAAGGGCAACUAUGCGGAGCGGGUCGGGGCCGGCGCGCCCGUGUACCUGGCGGCCGUGCUCGAGUACCUGACGGCCGAGAUCCUGGAGCUGGCGGGCAACGCGGCGCGCGACAACAAGAAGACGCGCAUCAUCCCGCGCCACCUGCAGCUGGCCAUCCGCAACGACGAGGAGCUCAACAAGCUGCUGGGCCGCGUCACCAUCGCGCAGGGCGGCGUGCUGCCCAACAUCCAGGCCGUGCUGCUGCCCAAGAAGACCGAGAGCCACCACAAGGCCAAGGGCAAGUGAGUCUACGUAUCAUACUGGUGUAUCCAGUUAAAACCUUUCUCACUCAAAGGCUCUUUUCAGAGCCGUC